AUGAAGUUCACGUUCACGCCGCCCACUCCAGGCUCAGGUGGUGCCCGCGCGAUGGCGUCACCCAUCAGCCCCCGCCCACCCCGCGUGGUGACCCAGGGCCGCGCCCGGCCGCCGCCCCGCCCAACUUGCGUGCUUGCGUCCGUGGACGUGGCGGGGCUGCUGGCGCAGCUGGCGCGCAGCUUCGCGCUGCUGCUGCCCGUGUACGCGCUGGGCUACCUGGGCCUGAGCUUCAGCUGGGUGCUGCUUGCGCUCGGGCUGCUCGUGUGGUGCCGGAGGAGCCGAGGCCUCAAGGCGACCCGCCUGUGCCGCGCGCUGGCGUUGCUGGAAGACGAGGAGCGCGCCGUGCGUCUGGGGGUGCGCGCCUGCGACCUGCCGGCCUGGGUUCAUUUUCCAGACACCGAGAGAGCAGAAUGGCUAAAUAAGACUGUAAAACAUAUGUGGCCUUUUAUUUGCCAGUUUAUAGAGAAGUUGUUUCGAGAAACCAUAGAGCCAGCUGUGCGAGGAGCGAACACCCACCUCAGCACCUUUAGUUUCACAAAAGUUGAUGUGGGUCAGCAGCCACUCAGGAUCAAUGGUGUUAAGGUGUACACUGAAAAUGUGGACAAAAGGCAAAUUAUUCUGGACCUUCAGAUUAGUUUUGUAGGAAACUGUGAGAUUGACUUGGAGAUCAAACGAUAUUUUUGUAGAGCUGGUGUGCAAAGUAUACAGAUUCAUGGCACAAUGCGGGUGAUCCUGGAACCGCUGAUUGGAGACAUGCCCUUAGUGGGAGCCUUGUCAGUCUUCUUCCUGAGGAAGCCGCUGAUAGAAAUUAACUGGACAGGACUGACUAAUCUUCUCGAUAUCCCUGGGUUAAAUGGUCUGUCGGAUACCAUCAUUCUGGAUAUAAUAUCGAACUACCUGGUGCUUCCCAAUCGGAUCACCGUUCCUCUUGUCAGUGAAGUUCAAAUAGCACAGUUGCGGUUUCCUAUACCAAAGGGUGUCCUAAGGAUACAUUUUAUUGAAGCUCAGGAUCUUCAGGGGAAAGACACUUAUCUUAAGGGACUCGUCAAAGGAAAGUCAGACCCCUAUGGAAUUAUUCGAGUUGGCAACCAGAUCUUCCAAAGCAAAGUCAUCAAAGAGAACCUCAGUCCAAAGUGGAAUGAGGUGUACGAGGCUUUAGUCUAUGAACACCCUGGACAGGAAUUAGAGAUUGAGCUCUUUGAUGAAGACCCAGACAAGGAUGACUUCUUAGGAAGUCUUAUGAUUGAUCUUAUUGAAGUUGAAAAGGAGCGCCUUUUAAAUGAAUGGUUCACCCUGGACGAGGUCCCCAGAGGAAAGCUGCACUUGAAACUGGAGUGGCUCACGUUGAUGCCAAAUGCUUCAAACCUCGAUAAGGUGCUGACAGACAUCAGGGCUGACAAAGACCAAGCCAAUGAUGGUCUUUCCUCAUCACUGCUGAUCUUGUAUUUGGAUUCAGCAAGGAACCUUCCGAGUAACCCAUUAGAAUUUAACCCUGAUGCCUUGAAGAAGUCUGCAGUUCAGAAAGCUUUAAAGUCAGGGAAGAAAAUAAACAGCAAUCCAAACCCUCUUGUCCAGAUGUCAGUUGGACACAAGGCUCAGGAGAGCAAGAUUCGGUACAAAACCAAUGAACCCGUAUGGGAAGAAAACUUCACCUUCUUUGUUCACAAUCCCAAGCGCCAAGACCUUGAAGUUGAGGUCAGAGAUGAACAGCAUCAGUGCUCUCUGGGGCGUCUGACCAUCCCUCUCAGUCAGCUGCUCACCAGCGAUGACAUGACCAUGAACCAGCGAUUUCAACUCAGUGAUUCAGGUCCAAACAGCACUCUGAAGAUGAAGAUCGCCCUCAGGGUACUCCACCUUGAAAAGCCAGAGAGGUCUCCAGACCACCACCACUCAGCUCAAGUAAAGCGACCCUCUGUUUCCAAAGAAGGGAGAAAAAUAUCUGUCAGGUCUCAGAUGUCCGCGUCCCCAGACUCCGGUGAGAGCAGCACAGCCCCGUGCACACCAGUCAUCGGGGGCAGCCGUAAGUCUGGCGUGGAAGAGAGAGCCCCGCCUGUGGAGGCCAGCCCCCAGGGCCCACGUGACCUGGGCAGGAGUUCCUCCAGCCUCCAGACCAGUGCCACCUGCUCCCCCAGCCACGUCUCCAUUAAGGAGCCCACUCCAAGCAUAGCCUCGGACAUCUCCCUGCCCAUCGCCACCCAGGAGCUUCGGCAGAGGCUGCGGCAGCUAGAGAACGGGACGACACUGGGGCAGUCGCCCCUGGGGCAGAUCCAGCUGACCAUCCGGCACAGCUCGCAGAGAAACAAGCUCGUGGUGGUCGUGCACUCUUGCAGAAAUCUCAUCGCCUUCUCGGAGGACGGCUCUGACCCUUACGUCCGCCUGUAUCUGUUGCCAGACAAGAGGCGGUCAGGAAGGAGGAAAACACAUGUGUCAAAGAAAACCCUGAACCCUGUGUUUGACCAGAGCUUUGACUUCAGCGUUUCGUUGCCGGAAGUUCAGAGGAGAACGCUGGACGUAGCGGUAAAGAACAGUGGCGGCUUCCUGUCCAAAGACAAAGGGCUUCUUGGCAAAGUGCUGGUCGGUCUGGCGUCCGAAGAGCUGGCCAAGGGCUGGACCCAGUGGUACGACCUCACGGAAGAUGGCACGAGACCACACGUGGUGACGUAGUCCCUGCCAGCCACAAGGAGCCCCCCUGGCCUGUCUGCCCACCUCGUGUGCUCGCAGGGCACCCCCCACAGACGCACCAAUAUUGUUUUUAUAAUUUCAAUGUAUUUAGUUAUACAUAUCUUAAUAGUUUUAUAAAGUACGUUGACGUUUUAGGCAUAUUUGGCCAAUAUUAUCAUUAAAUUUUGUAUGUUUACUUUCCUGUAGCGUUCCGCCAGUUACUCUAGCGUGUAACAGGUAGUGGCCGUCCUGUCACGUGACGCUAUACGUCUGUGGCACCGGCCGGGGAGCAGAUACCUGCAGAUGCUUGUUGUCGCCUUGUUUUGUACUCACUGAGGCACACUCUGCCGUGUGAAUAGACUAUUUUUUAUAAUCUCUACGUGCUGGUUUGAACUCUGAAGAAAAUGGAUUAAGGAAAUAUAUAUUUUUUAACUUAUUGAAUUCUUAUGACAUAAUAAUUUUGUCUUUGCAGGAAAAAGUUCUCAGUGACCAAUUCUGUGGUGUUUCUUUUUAAAAAGAAAAGCUGAAAGAUUAAUUAUUAAAUAAGUAUAGUUCUGCCCGUCACAAAUGAAGACAAUGUUCAAAGUAUUAUCACUUUUAUAAAUAUAAAUAUGUAUUUUUGAGAAGUCAGUUGAAGUGUUUCUAAGGAAAAAUGUGUAACUGAGUAAUACAAAAUACUAAGAGAGUUGUCAUCGUUAAGAAAUCAUAGUGCACUACUUUGAAGUUUCUUACAUGAAGUGUCUUAAUUGCUUGAUAGAACGUAUUCAUGAAAUAGCACACAGAUCCACAGUUAUACUUCCUAAAAUACAGCGCAGACUUUCCAUGUUCACAGCUAGGCUGUGGUGAAGUAGUCGUCAUUAGUGUGUGAGUUUUCAGCGCUUCCCCAGCCUGCGAAGACGGACCGGCGCCCUCGGUCACCACGGAGUCUGUGGGUGCAUCUGGGGAGGGAGCAGCUUGUUUUCAAAGCCAGCGGCUCGUUCAUUCACCCGCCAGGGUGACCUCACGUUGACAGAAGCCCUGAGCUGGCGCCCGGCUGCCUUUGGCCCAACGCAGAGGCCGCCGCGGGGCCAGAGGCCGCUGUGCUGACUGUAAGUAACGCGGGGUCUCCUCGCCGUCCGCGGGACUGACCUCAGCACCCGGAGGUCGUUACGCAGUUUUUAGUUCGCAGUAUUGUUUUCUGUUUAGAUUCCUGACGGCGUGUUGUACACCCCCGUGUCCCAGAGCUCCCGGGGGGUGCGGCUCCGUGGCAGCGUGCAAGCCGAGCGUGCCUGUGAGCAGCACGCUCGGACGCAGAGAGUUUUCUGUCGGUUAAGCUGUAUGACACAAGUGACUUCCUUAGCCGUCAGAACAUCCUGAACUCGUGUGAGGACAGUGGGGGAACCGAGCAGUGAUUGAAACUGGAGAUCUUCCCAGAAAGCGCCUCUCGGACUCGUGGGCAGCCCAUGUGACCAAACACACCGAAGUGCCUGUGGCGGACGCCGGCUGUGCCCUGGCGGCCUUGUGCCAGCGGCAGGGCUCGCGCUGGGUCCAACACACACUAACCGUAGGCUUGUUUGUAAUGGAGUCUGAGGCCUCGCAGCACAGGUCACGUGAUCGUAAAGACCAGUGUAAUCUCACUGCUUCCUACUUAAUGAAACUUCACUGUAAAGCUUCGUCACAAGCCGUUUCCAGCAGUGUGUCCGGGAGGGAGUUUAUGAAUAUGUUGGUGCACACACGAACAUAAUGCAUACGAAACAUUUAGGCAGCAAGAUAAAAGCAGUUAAUUACUUAAUAAAUCUCGUUGCCUGUCCAUGGUAUUAGAUUUAUUGAAAAUUACUAUUUUUUUUUUUUUAAUUCAGUCUGUUGAAGGGGCUCUGGCAUAAUCUGUAAAAAGUGAAUGACCACUGACUGGAAUUAAUCACACCAGUAAUUUCUCCCAACAUUCUAAACAGCUGUUUUGCAGCCAUGUGCUCACCUUUUGGUAUCACUGACCUUAUGGAACGCUUUAAGCGAUCAGGCAGCAUAAAUGCCAGGAGGAGCAUAAAGCCGCCAGCCGCUUGACCCUGCGUUUGCGGCAGGGACAGAGGAGCCUGGGGGCCCUGGCGGUGGGCCGCCUUCUCUUGAAAGGGAAAGAAAGGGAGGACUCUGAAGACAGGAGACAAAAAAUGUUUUCAGGUGUGAUUCUGUCCUUUUUUGGCAAAUUGAGUGGUCAGUGGAGAGGACUGGGAAUUCCACUCAAGGCCAGACUCCGCACUCCAGGGUCCCCAGAUCUGCACCCCAGCUUCUUCAUGAUUGAUUCACCUAGGAAAAGGGAAUGUUAGCUUUUCUGUGUUGAGCCAAACCAGUGGGAGGAAAAUUACAUGGAUUUGAGUUCUGGGUGUCCACGUGGGUUGCUUCUCUUGUGCCUUAGCGUGCGGAAGUGUGCCGCUGCUGUUCCAAGUUGCAGGUCCCUGCUGUCCCCCCGCACGGCUCUUCUGUGCCGCGAGGAUUCGUCCCACACAUGGUCUCAUCGGGAGGCCAGCCCUUCAGGAGCUGAGGCUCGGUGUGGACCAGUGUAUAUGCACAUUUAUACCCUGGCUGUCCCCCACUGCAAGCGGAAACAGCAGGUUUUUAUUUACUACUACUACUAUUAUUAUUAUUAUUAUUAUUAUUAUAGAAUGUCCUUUUUGAUCAACUAAUUUUACAUGACAGUGCAUGUAUUUAUUCAAUAAACUUUUAUGUUAGCUCA